AACUCCACCUCUGGGCCUGUUCGCUUGCUGUCAUCUACCGCUUAGCUCGAAGCUAUAUACGAGUAGUCAGGACCGUCGAGGCAGUCCUGCCGACCUAGACUUCCAAGGACGAAACGACGCUUCCGGCUUUGCAACACAGGGUUGCCCUGGCUUUGAUCGUCGUGCCCCGUUCGUGCUUCCCCUCGAUGAUCUCGGUUGUCGGGUGACUUUUUGCGGAUUCGCGCGGUCUUUAGGGCUAUACCAUUGACCUAAAGCAAACAUCCUACGUCUCCCUAGAUCUGAUUUACCAUCUCAACUGCAUAAAACAUGGCUGAAGUAGACGUUGCUGGACCGAGGAGUCCGACUCUCGAGACGCUCCAAAACCGCCAACGCGAUAUGCGGCGGGCACGACCGCCAGAUAUAACGAUUCUUAAAAGCGAGAACCGAGUUCCGUUACGACCAGAAAGAUUAGACAGGCGCGAGUCUAGGAUUGGCUUAAGGAGCUUAUUCGGCAGGUCGAGGACGGGGAAGGAUGACAAGACGGGAGAAGAACCACUGCCAUCGCCAAAGGAGUCGCCACGGCAUGGUGGGAAACGCUCCUCGCUAGCAGACAUCAGCGUCUGGCACCGGGGAAUUCAUGCAUCUCGCUCAGAAGUUUCUCUUUUACAUUCACCUCUAGCUUCGGUGAAGCCAUCGCCAAGCGAAUCUUUUCACUCGUUAAACUCACGAGGACGACGGGGAAGUAAUGUCGAUAACAAAAGCAAGCUUGGUCAAUCAGUAGGCCCAAUCACGGGCUUCGACCCUCCACCAUUGUUCAAGAUGUAUCCCCAGGCGAUCAAGCAUGCAACACUACCUGCUUGUAUCACUCCAGUAGAAACCCUAGUUCGCCUCAGCGAGUCCAAGGAGAGCUCAUUACAGAGUGGCGCCACCUUCGAUCAACGAGAGGCCGGGCAAAAAGCAGAAGGAGACAAGAAAAAGAAAUCCAAGUUUGCGCCGGAAUGGUCAAGUAAGAUUUACGCGCUCGUUACCUCUGGGUACUUACUUCAAUAUGCGGCAGAAGGCACUUUUAACAGACUACCGGAAAAGAUCCUCCAUCUCACUCGAGACUCGGCUGCCUACGCUAGCGAUCUAAUUCCUGGAAAGCAUUGGGUUGUUCGAGUGACUUCAUCCAUGAGUACCGACGGAAAUCCAUCUUCAGACGCAAAAUCACUCCGGUCCAGACUUGCCCUAAGAGGAGCUGAGAAGCGACAAGUCACUAAUAUGUUGCUCGUUUUCGAGAGUCCCGAGACAAUGGAUGUUUGGCUCGCCAUCUUAAGACGGGAAAUCGAGUCGCUGGGCGGUAAGAAGAAGCUUUCGGAAACAGGAGACCUCGACGCGGAUGACGAUACUACUACGCUGAAGGCUCAGGCUAGCCAGAGAACUCUUGUUGUGCGAGAUCCGACCCGUUUUUCGCGAAUCAUUUCCAAGGACUUUUCGUGGACUUACGAGAAUGCGCUUGUGGAUCCUACUGAAGAAAGCGACGCCAAUAACCCGCCAUUGAAGAGAAUGUCGGAGUCAACUGUCGACGACGACUCGAGCACGGUUUCGUUGGAUGGUCAACGCCUUGACAGUCUCCGAGAUAGUGGGAGCGGCAGUAGUGGUAACCGACUUUCCUCCGUCUCAUCCGGGCAGCGGACGAUUAUUUCAUCAGCGGAGUCUUCGCCGACCAAUUCCCCGAUUCGAGCAAGUUUCUCGAGCCAGGAUGAAUAUCUAUUCCAAAAGAAUCAAACCCCAUUACCACCUACCCCCGAGGUUAGGCCGCGACCCAACGCAGCCGCGAUUGCGAAUCGGAGACAGUCGAUGCAGACUCUCAUCCCCGCAUUCGAUCCUCGCCUGGAUAUGGGUAGUCACCCGUCCUUAACCCUGCCUCCCCUUCCCCCUAAAACAAGUCAUGGUGACAGGCCUCAGUUCGUACCUAACUUUAGCGUACCACACGCAAUGGGUAGACGGUAUUCGGCCGCGAAUCUGUCUGUGAUCACUCCGAGAUCUGAACAGGCGCAAUUAGCCGACCGAGACGGGCCCGUGAAGUUUCGUCCUUUCCGAAGAAGUCCGCCAACAACGCUUCCCAUCUCCCGCCCUCUCUCCAUUGUCCUUGAUCAGCCAACACCAAUAUCACCUGCCCUUCCAACAGACAGGGUACCUGCUUUGCAGGCACCUGACUCGCCGACCAUAUUCGGCUCUUGGGCUAGCAACGCUAUGAGACGACGGUCGCAAGAAAAGGCAAAGUCUCCGAAAAAGAGCCAUCUGGCGAAACAAAUCAUAGAUGAAGCUCAAGCUAUCCCCACAGGGCGUCGUAGUACAGAUGAUGUACGAGUUAGUCGACAAGGUCCGACCAAGACACGUGCAUCAUCUAUCCCUCAGCCGGCCCGUAGCCAGCCAUCAAAGCUCGAAGACGCCCCUGAGGUACCGCGCAGGCCUGCCUCAUCGUUUGAGAUGCGGAGAGUUACAACGGACCUAGUUCCCAAAUAUGUAUCUUACAACCGCACCCCGCCGCUAGGGGAGGACCAUACAAGACAGAACCGCCGCUCCUUGACCUUCCCCAAGCAAACCAAUUUGCCCUCCAUCGAAGAGCCAGCUUAUACGCUAUCCCCGCCCCGCACAUACUCACGAAAGCACUCGAUCUCAUUCCCCAAGACCAUACAGCAGGAAGUGCCGCAAAAGCAAUUUUUGACGAUAGACAUGGGUCCAAAGGGCCUUCUAACCAGGAGGAGCAUGCCUCACCUCUCCGAGGGGCCGCCCCCUGGUCCUCCGCCGACCUGCGCGCUUCCUCCAAUCCCGGGGAAACGGUCGGCCAACACGCCUAGGAGCGUCGACGCAUAAUGUUUGCUCGCUAUUUCAUGACGUAUCCUGAACCUUUAACACACCAAGGACAGGAAUUUUCCUUUUUGUACCUGCUUUUACCCUAUUGCCCCUUCUUGUACGUCAUUGUAUACUCU